GUCGCCCGCCACCCCGCGGCCACCAGCGGCGCACCCGCUUCCUCGGGGCUCCGCCCCGCCCCGCGCCCCGGAACCCUGCUGAGGGCCCCGGACGUGUCGCAGAGCUGACCGCAGGACCCCCGGAGGCGGACGGCGAGGCAUGGCGACGCGGGCCCGCGGCUUGUCGCUGCUCCGGGGCCGCCUGGGCCGAGGGCCUGCGCGAGCCCAGGGCGUAGCGGAGCGCGCGUGGCGGGGCUUCGGGAGCAGCAGCCGAAGACACGAAGCCGUUAUCAUCUCAGGAACUGAAAUGGCCAAACAGAUCCGGAGAGAACUACAGCAAGGUGUGGAAUCGUGGAUUGCUCUUGGGAACAGGAGGCCUCACCUCAGUAUCAUUUUAGUGGGAGAUAACCCAGCAAGCCACACCUACGUCAGGAAUAAGAUCAGAGCCGCUUCUGCUGUAGGCAUCUGCAGUGAGCUCAUCAUUAAGCCCAAGAAUGUUUCUCAGGAGGAACUUUUGGAUAUCACUGAUCAACUGAACAUGGACCCAAGAGUCAGUGGGAUAUUAGUUCAGCUACCCCUUCCAGACCACGUGGAUGAGAGAACAAUAUGCAAUGGGAUCGCUCCCAAAAAAGACGUAGACGGGUUUCACAUUAUCAAUAUCGGAAGACUGUGCCUUGACCAGCAUUCGCUGAUCCCCGCCACGGCCAGCGCCGUUUGGGAAAUCAUCAAAAGAGCAGGCAUUGAAACAUUUGGGAAAAACGUGGUUGUGGCAGGACGAUCCAAGAACGUGGGCAUGCCGAUCGCCAUGUUGCUGCACACGGAUGGAGAGCACGAGCGCCCCGGAGGCGAUGCGACGGUGACCAUAGCUCACAGACACACACCCAGAGAGCAACUGAAGGCCCAUACUCAGCUGGCAGAGAUUAUCAUAGUGGCUGCAGGUAUUCCCGGGCUGAUUACGGCUGACAUGGUCAGAGAAGGCGCAACAGUGAUCGACGUGGGCAUCAACUACGUACAAGAUCCUGUGACAGGAAAGACCAAGUUAGUUGGAGAUGUGGACUUUGAAGCGGUUAAGAAGAAGGCUGGCUUUAUCACUCCGGUCCCAGGAGGUGUGGGACCCAUGACUGUGGCCAUGCUUCUGAAGAACACACUUCUGGCUGCCAAGAAUAUCACCUACUAGAUCGCAGGGGAGAGCACACAAAAGGAGUACUGCUGCCUAUUUAUUUGACAACAGGAGAAAUCCUUUCUAUUUUACUACAAAGCUAUUUAUUUCUACAUGUAUUUAUUUUUUCAUGAGUGGAAUCAUUCUGGAACUGAUUAUUUCCAUGACUUUAUGGAUUUCUUGCCGAUAGAUUUGAGUCUUAAGAAAAGAAAAUCAAAACAAUUCCAAUGACGAUUGUGGUAGCAAUUCUUUAUUUUAUGGAUGUUUGUUCAUAAUGUUAAAACAAAUGAAGAGUUCAGAUUUAAUAAAUAUAUUUUUGACAUAACCUAAGUACUGCACACUGUAUGUUUUCAAAACCGUAUGUUUGCCAGCUAAAUGGUGCCAUGUAAACUGUAACUUAAGUUUUGGUAUAACCAUGAUUUUUCUAUACAGUCUAUACUCUAGGUUGUCUAUGGAGAAGAGCAUUCUGCAAGGCAGUCCUCUGGGAGGUUUAAGAACUGGAAGCUAUUCCAGAAAGCAAAGGCUGCAACGACACAUGCAAAACUAAGAGCGACUGAUCACAUUGUGUAGUAAAGGCCACGGGUGUUAGGUUUCCACACCGUUCAGUUCAGUUCAGUUCACUGGUGAUAGGAACAAACUCUCCAACCAAAUGAAUGGACAAAGGCAAACUAAAGUGUUUCCCCACAAACAUCAACCAAAUACAAUGCUGAUGUAUCUUGAGUGAACCUGUCAUUAAAUAACUGUUAGCGAUAUGUUUGUUCACGGGGACAGAAAUCUGAUAGAAUCGUAAUGCUAAGAUUUUGUUAAAACUAAACCCUUGGACAUUACAAAUAGCUAGUUUUUGUGCACACACAUCUUCUCUUUCCUAGGCUAGUAUUUAGUUCCUAACAUAGACGCUGUGUUUCUAACACAAUUCAAAUUGGGAACUGUGUGUGACUAUUACUUGAAGGUUAUUUAAUUAGCCAUGUAAUUGGUACUGUGAUUUCACGCCCAAAUCCCAGUAUGUUUAUGUACUAAUAAUGAUCCUUGUUCAAUGCAUGUCUUUUAUCAGUGUCCUCCUUGUGUGGAGAUAGACUAGCUGUCUAUCGUUAAUAUCCUGUCCAAUAAAUUAAUAACUGUCCAAUAAAAGCAUUUUGAAGAAGAA